AUGAAUCCAAAGCUUGGAAAAAUCAGUCUGGAGUCAGGUGGUGAAGUUUUUAAAUGUCAACCGGAAGACUUAGUCUUUGGUCCCAGAAUCAGAUCUACUAUUAAGGGAGAGUCUACAAAAGAAAAGGGAGUGGCUUUUCUAGCUAAAACAGAGCUCCCUGCAAGGACAGUUGAUUUGUCUACAGUUAACCUUACAGAGCUAGUGAAUGGGAUGCUGACCAAAGCCUUGAAAGACAGCAAAAAAUUCUUCUCUUUGCUGAGCAUAACAUCUCACAGCUCAUUUGCCUUCCACAAGUUUUCGGUGGUGAUUUAUAACAUUUCUAACCUGAAAAUCAUGGAUGCCACCAAGUUCCCCACACGGUACUGUUACUGUCUAAACAAUCAAACCAAUGACCUCUCAGAUUUUACAGCUCUCCUAGUGGACAUCAUUGGGAACUCCACUAGCUACCUCACGGAAAUUUUCAAAUCGACCUCCAUUCUUUCAGUGAGUCAGAGCACUGAGUCUGACUGCAUCUACAUCUGUGUGAUGACAGGGAAAACAGGAAGAAAUCUUUCUGACUUCUGGGAAAUGGUGGAAAAAUCCCCUGUUAUUAAUUACACAUUUACCAGUAAUGUGUCUGGUGUUCUGGUGUUGAGUUCUUCACCAUCAUCAUCAAUGACUUUCACCCCUUCCAAGCAGGGAGAAGAUACAACCAAUGCAUUUCUUCUUUCAGGAACAGAUACUCUAGGAACAGAUACUCCAGGACCAACUAAAGCACCUGCUCCAAAACAGCCACACACUGUUGAUUUUGCUCCAGCUUUGAUAUCUCCCUCUCAGUCUCAGCCAUCACCUUUCCCUAAACUCCACCUUAUAUCAAGAUGUCCACAGCCACUCCUCCAGGACAAAGACUUGAUGACCCUUCCUCUCACCCUUAGCCUCCAAAAGAUAAAUCCUUGUGUCCUGGAGCUUUGCCGAUUUUAUCAGCAAUGCCUCUGUGUUAGUCAAAAGCAAUAUUCAAGAAAAGAUACUAUGAGGUUCUGCACUGAGUACUAUUCCUGGUUUUUGAGAAAUGCAACCUACAUCUGUCAGAGAGUGACAAGGAUGGCUCAUUCCCACACCUUAAAGCAAAAAUGUCUUUCAAAUAUCUGCACAUCUGUCUGAGGCCCCAAGGGAACCACUGAAGCAGAGCUAUGAAUUCAUUCCACCUCCUUGGCUGCUUUCCUUACUCUACAGUUCCAGCAAGAUCACCAAGAACUGAUGUUUUUGUUGCUGUUGUUUUUUAAUCAGCCCUUUGUUCUCUCUUGCAGGUGUGUUUGGUGCUAGGCCACUAUAGACAGGGAGCCCAGAGAUUAUUUUAAAAACACACACAC